CUCGUUUGAUUUUAUCACCGGCGAGAUAAUGGCGAUGCUUCAAGCGAAUCUUGGCUUCCUUAAAUCUCCGACAUUUCCGGCUCCUUCUUCUAAUUUGUGUCCGAAGCUUUCAGUCAAGUUGACAUCACUCUCUCUGGGCUUAAGCUGUCGUCUCCCAGUUCAAAGACUGGAUUUUUCGAAAAGGGUUAGUGGAAGAUACAGAAGAGAUGCUACAUUACAUUCUGUCAGAUGUUCUUCGUCUUCUUCCGAAUCUGAUUAUAGCAAUACAGUUGUGAAGGAGAAGAGUGUCUCAGUGAUUCUCUUAGCUGGUGGUCAAGGGAAGAGGAUGAAAAUGACCAUACCAAAACAGUAUAUACCACUCCUUGGUCAGCCAAUUGCUCUCUACAGUUUUUUCACGUUUUCACGUAUGCCUGAAGUGAAGGAGAUUGUAGUUGUUUGUGAUCCAUUUUUCCGAGAUAUUUUUGAAGAAUAUGAAGAAUCAAUUGAUGUUGAUCUUAAGUUCGCUCUUCCUGGUAAAGAAAGGCAAGACUCUGUUCAUAGUGGACUUCAGGAAGUAGAUGUGAACGCUGAGCUUGUUUGCAUCCACGACUCAGCCAGACCGCUGGUGGAAACUGAAGAUGUCGAGAAGGUUCUUAAAGAUGGUUAUGCGGUUGGAGCAGCCGUGCUUGGCGUUCCAGCAAAAGCUACAAUCAAAGAGGUCAACUCUGAUUCGCUUGUGGUGAAAACUCUUGACAGGAAAACCCUUUGGGAAAUGCAGACACCACAGGUGAUCAAACCUGAGCUGUUGAAGAGAGGUUUCGAUCUUGUGAAAAGAGAAGGUCUAGAGGUAACAGAUGAUGUUUCAAUUGUUGAGUAUCUCAAGCAUCCUGUUUAUGUCACUCAAGGAUCUUACACAAACAUCAAGGUUACAACACCUGAUGAUUUACUGCUUGCUGAGAGAAUCUUGAGCAUGGAGGACUCAUGAGGAUGCAGCACGGCUUGGUACUUUGAUUUAAUUGUCAGCCUUACUGUUGUAUUUUUAGACAAUAAUGUACUUAGAUUUUACAUUCAGGUUGAUUUAAUUGGCAGUCUUGUGAUAUUUUGUGGGAAAAUGAUGUUCAUGGUCAAUGUAAAAUCAGAACAGAAACUUAAAACCAAAGAUAAACACAAAAGUAGUAUUAUUAUAGAUCUUUUUAUGAAAAAAGAAAAACA